AUGGGAGAGGAAAACCAGUCCUCCGUGACCGAAUUUGUCCUCCUGGGCCUUUCCCAGGAUCCAGAGACACAAGUGCUGCUCUUCUUCCUCUUUCUGAGCAUCUACCUGCUGACCGUGCUGGGAAACCUGCUGAUCUUCACGCUCCUUCACAUCGACUCCAGACUCCACACACCUAUGUACUUUUUCCUGAGAAACCUGUCCUUUGCUGAUCUCUGCUUUUCGACUACCACAGUGCCCCAGGUGCUAGUCCACCUCCUGGUAAAGAGGAAAACCAUUUCCUUUGCUGGGUGCUCCACACAGAUACUUGUUUUGCUUCUGGCUGGGUGCACAGAGUGUGCACUGCUGGCAGUGAUGUCCUAUGACAGGUACGUAGCUAUCUGCAAGCCCCUGCACUACUCCAGCAUCAUGACACAUUUGGUGUGUGUCCAGCUGGCUGUAGGGUCCUGGGUCAGUGGGGCCUUUGUGUCCCUGGUGGACACCACAUUCACAAUGUGUCUGCCCUACAGAGGAAGGAAUAUUGUUAACCAUUUUUUCUGUGAACUUCCUGCUGUGCUGAAGCUGGCUUCAGCAGACACCUACAGCACAGAAAUGAUCAUCUUUGCAAUGGGUGUGGUGAUGCUCCUGGCUCCUGUCUCCCUCAUCCUCAUCUCUUACUGGAAUAUCAUCUCCACUGUGAUCCGGAUACAGUCUGGGGAGGGAAGGCUUAAGGUUUUCUCUACCUCUGGGUCCCAUCUCAUUGUUGUUGGUCUCUUCUAUGGCUCAGGAAUAUUUGCCUACAUGAGGCCAAACUCCAAGGUAAUGAAUGAAAGGGAUAAAAUGAUCUCCGUCUUCUACUCAGCGGUGACACCCAUGCUGAACCCCAUCAUUUACAGCUUUAGGAACAAAGAUGUAAAAGAGGCUUUUAAGAAAUUAAUUGCAAAAUAG